AUGGCCUUCACUGCGAGAGCUACGAGACAGGCGCUGAGGGCUGCCCAGAAGUCCUCCCGCCAGCUGGGAACCCGGUCCUACGCUACCGCUGAGCCCGACCUCAAGACAGUCUUCAAGGACGCCAUCCCAGCCAAGCGAGAGCUUCUCAAGCAGGUCAAGGCCCGUGCCGAUGAGGCCAUCGGCCAGGUCAGUGUUGCCAGCACCAUUGGAGGCAUGAGAGGCCUCAAGGCCAUGGUCUGGGAGGGCUCUGUUCUCGAUGCCAACGAGGGCAUCCGUUUCCACGGCAAGACCAUCAAGGACUGUCAAAAGGAGCUCCCCAAGGGCACCACUGGUACCGAGAUGUUGCCAGAGGCCAUGUUCUGGCUUCUCUUGACCGGCCAGGUGCCCUCUACCCCACAGGUUCGCGCCUUUUCCCGCGAGCUGGCCGAGAAGUCGCACCUCCCAAAGCACAUCCUCGACCUCGUCAAGUCGUUCCCCAAGGAUAUGCACCCAAUGACCCAGCUGUCCGUUGCCGUAGCUGCUUUGAAUACUGAGUCCAAGUUCGCCAAGGCCUACGCUGAGGGUAUCAACAAGGCCGACUACUGGGAGCCCACCUUCGACGACAGCAUCUCUCUCCUCGCCAAGAUCCCACGUAUUGCUGCCUUGGUCUUCCGUCCCAACGAGGUCGACGCUGUUGGAGCCCAGAAGCUUGACUCCAGCAUGGACUGGGCGUACAACUUUGCUGACCUCCUCGGCAAGGGUGGAAAGGAGCACGAGAGCUUCCACGAUGUCCUCCGUCUUUACCUUGCUCUGCACGGUGACCACGAGGGUGGUAACGUCUCUGCUCACGCCACCCAUCUCGUCGGAUCUGCCCUUAGCGAUCCUUUCCUCAGCUACAGCGCCGGUCUUCUCGGUCUUGCCGGUCCUCUCCACGGCCUUGCUGCCCAGGAGGUGCUCCGAUGGAUCUUGAAUAUGAAGGCCAAGAUCGGUGACAACUUCACCGACAAGGACACCAAGAACCCCCACCCUAACGUUGACGCCGCUUCCGGUGUCCUCUUCCACCACUACGGAUUCCAGGAGCCACUCUACUACACUGUCACCUUCGGUGUUAGCCGUGCUCUCGGCCCACUCGCCCAGCUGAUCUGGAGCCGUGCUCUUGGUCUCCCCAUCGAGCGCCCAAAGAGUAUCAACCUCCAGGGUCUCUUGGACUUGACCAACAAGAACUAA